GGCAGAACGUCAGUGCUGCACAGCACUUCUAUUAGACACACAGGAGCUCUACCAUCAGCAGAGCUAUUGGAUACUAACAACACUGUGAAUACACUGCUGCCUAAAGUUGAGGGACACAGACAGAAAAAAACGUGUGAGUGUGUGUGUAUGUGAACAGAGGGAACUGCACAGCGUGACACAGUACUGGAUCCGUGUGCCAUUAAUGAACAGAGUUUGGGAGAAUGAGUCUUGACCCUAUUCAGGUCAUGAAGGGGCCAGACCCUAUACCCAACACCUGCCCGUCAGCCUCUAACGGUGAGAGCAAAGCAUCCUGGGAGGACAGCAAGGAUAUCCAUGAAAAUACAAAGAAGCCUAAAACCGGACCAGUGAGACGGGCCAGGAAGGUGGAGGGAGGCAUAUUCUUUCCCAAACCAGAGAACGCAGUCACCAUAGCUGUGUCAUCACGGGUUCUAUUCCUCACAGAGACAGAACAGAAGGUGUUUGAACAGAAAGGAGUGGAGGAAUAUCUCAGGUAUCAGGUGGAACAUGAGAAUGAGCCCUUUGCUCCCGGUCCAGCAUUCCCCUUUGUUAAGGCACUGGAGACAGUGAAUGCCAGACUGCGGGAACUCUACCCAGACAGCGAGGAACUUUUUGACAUUGUGCUGGUAACUUACAACCAUGCCCAUGUAGGAGUGAGACUCAUCAACACCAUUAACUACCACAAUCUAUUCAUCGAGCGGUUCUGCAUGACAGGAGGCAGCAGUCCCAUCGGGUACCUGAAAGCGUGGCAUACAAACUUAUAUCUGUCUGCUGAUGCUGAGAAGGUUCAGGAAGCCCUUGCUGAAGGAAUUGCCGCAGCCACCAUGUUUAUGCCAGAGAAAGAGGUAGAAGUGUCUGAAACACAGCUGAGAGUGGCGUUUGAUGGCGAUGCCGUUCUCUUUUCUGAUGAGUCGGAGCGCAUUUUCAAAGCUCAUGGUCUGGACAAGUUCUUCGAGCAUGAGAGGGAAAAUGAAAACACGUUGUUAGAUCAUGGCCCACUGAAGGGUUUCCUGGAGGUGCUCGGAAAGCUUCAAAAGAAAUUCUAUGCAAAAGGCCACCGCCUAGACUGUCCCAUCCGCACCUACCUCGUGACGGCCCGCAGCGCAGCCAGCUCAGGCAUCCGUGCCUUAAAGACUCUCCGUGCCUGGGGACUGGAAAUAGACGAGGCUCUGUUCCUGGCAGGGGCUCCCAAAGGCCCCAUGCUAGAAAAAAUCCGCCCCCACAUUUUCUUUGAUGACCAGAUGUUUCACGUGGAAGGUGCCAGAGAGAUGGGUGCCUUUGCCGCUCACGUGCCCUAUGGGAUUGCACAAAAGUACCCUCAUAAGAAAAGCACCAAUGCAGGAAAAUAGCAAGGACAGGGGAAAAUAUAGAUGCAGGGGUGCUUUGUAAGUUAAUGAUGCACACAUUGGAACGUGUCAGCUCUAUCAAUGAUCUCUCUUGGCCUUAUUUCCAGGUGGCUAAUGCAAGGCCACACACAACGUCAUUGGAACUGAAGAUUUAACUCAGUGCUGUACUAUUGGAAAGCUUAAAGCACCAUUCGUCUGUACAUAUUACUGUAAUAAAAAUAGCAGAUGUUCUUCUGCUAAAGCGCUUUACUGUAAUGAAAGGUCAGUUUUAUCAUUAUCUGGGUGCGUGUCAGCGUCAAUACACAUGAAGGUCGUACUGUAUUGAAAAAUCUGAAUGUGUGCUGCUGUUGUAAGCCUUGAUGGGUUUUCUUUGGUGGGUUAUGAAUACAGAAAGUUUUAAAAAUGAAAAGGAUACUCUGAAAUUGUGUAUCAUUUGUUUACACAGUGUGGGCUUUAACCACAUUGUAUAAUUCAGCAAUAGACUGCGAUUGUGUUCUUGUUUAUUGCUGUAUAUUGUGUUGUGUGAGCAAAGCUACAGCAUGUGUAUAUGUUAUCUAAUGUGAUGUAAUGCAAUUAGUCGUAUAUGACGGAUGGAAUGGUAGUCUGUAUAUGUGCAACAUUGCAAAAAAGCCAUUUUACUCAAUAUUUUACACUUCGCUGCUGUGCUUCUGAAACCUCGUAUCACAUUUUUUGCCAUAAAUCAUUAGUCACACUUUAUGUUUGUCACUGGGUUUUGCAAAUAUCUCACCAAAACAUAUUAGAAAGUUUUGACAACACAGUAUGUAAUCAUUUUAAAAGUGCAGUGUUUUUUUUCUGUUUGGACAUAGACAUGUUUCAGAAGGACAGCAACGAUUUAAAAUAUGAAGAUAUGAUGGAAUUUCAAGCCAUUUCUUUUCAAUGAUUUAUUUUCACCUGUGAAUGAUAUAUUUGUAUCUGUUACCUGUACUUUUCUGUUAUCAUCUGCAUAUAAUAUAUAUUUUUG